AUGAGUCCUCCUAACGUCAAGCUGUCAGCAAGUUUGAGUUCAUCUUCAAAGCUUUCUCAUGUGGAUCCCCAUGCGUUUCUAGCAGAAAGAUAUUUUUCUACCCUUUACCAGAGCACAACCCCCUUACAAUAUUUUGCCAAGACUGCCCUUCCAAGAGUCCAUGUGCUUUCCCGUUCGAACUGUCAGUUAGCUCGCGACACUAUUUCUUCAUUUAUCAUUCGUUCAAUGACAAACUUCAAUCAGCGUUUUGACUUUGGUCGCUCAUCGUGUACCUCCUCAUUGAACCUACUAAACGAUGAUGAACUCAGUUAUCGUGUUGACUUUCUUCGUAAUCACGCCACGAAAUCUGACGAACAAUUUCGAGAGUCAUUGGACAAUCUCAGACUGAGAGAGGCCAAACUACAAGUACUCCUUUGCCUGGAUUUGCUAAGGCUGCUCAACGGUGAGGAGGACCAUCAAGUACCAACACCCAGGAGAUCGAAGGUUAUUUAUACCAAACGGCCGCUGGUAGGUCGCAAAAAAAGACUGAUACCUACAUUAAUUGGAACUGCAAUUUCUGUUAACGCAAAAUUUACCACUGACCUAAGAAACAUUCAAGAUAACUCAACGAAUGAACUUACUUCAAAUGUCUUGAAGACAAACAUCAACGCCUUGAUGGACAAACUAUGCGUUCACGAUGCUAUAAUGGGAUUAUCACUGAACGAAGAUGAUUCAACCUAUAGAUUUUUAAUAAGCUCUGUCGUUCCCUUUUUCCAGAAGUCACAUCCGAAGCUACUCAGAGAGCUAAUAAAUAAAGCUAAAGGACCUUCAGCUUCUAGGAAAUCAAAAAAUUCACAUGCAGAACAUAUAAGGACAAUUUCGCCUCCAUCACCGAAGCUGAGAGCUAUCGCGAAAUCGGACACAUCAGUUCUCGUUAACUCAUUAGAAUUUUCGCACUUGAAGCUAAAACGUAAAGCAUCCAAUCUAGGACUGACACAAAAUUUAUCCAGAAAGACAUUCGAUAUGAUCAAAAGUACUUCAAUAACUCAACAAUUGUCCACUUCGCCAACUGGACUUGAAUUACAGCCCCGGUCGCAUACUGAAUCAAGUCUCAGUAAGACACGCAUCAAAAGCAAAAUAUCCGCGAUUGAAACCUCUUCAAUUUUCAAUCAUAGAAAACGGAACGCAGCUUCAAUAUAUCUUGACAACUCGGAAGUGCAAGCUAACCCGUAUACGGAGGUAGAAGCCACACCUGUGAAAAAACCACGCGCUUCCUUGGAGAUUUUCGCAUCUCCCGAUGACCUUAAGACUGCUCCCGAUGAUAUCUCUCCAGUGAAGACUAGCAUGGUGUCGGACACUCAUGUCACCGCUACUCCCCUAAAAUCUCAUCAGGCAAAAGAGAACAACUUCACUUUCGUCAUGCGCUGAUCAAAGCUUAUACUACGCUGAAACAUCAAGUGAUCUUUUUGCAAACGAAAAACCUGAUAGCUUCCCACCAUGUGUAUCACCCCAAUCAGGACCUGUUCUACCUCAAUCAUCACCAAAACAGAAUUUAAACCUGCAACGGCAAUCGGAGUUAUUUGGUGCUAAAGAGCACGGUAAUCCUAGAAAAAGGCUGACUUUCGACUGAGCUCGCUAUUCUGUGUCACAAGUCAAGAUCCAAAAGUUACUUUAAUGUCCGCUAAAGACGUCUCAUAAUUCCCCAAAGAAAAUGCCGCCGUAUAUCUCUCGUGCGUUUGGUUGGGAAGCGACUUCCUUCGCAAGGAUGUCACCUAAACGAUCUCUCAAUUUCUGCAUUUCGUCAUCCCCUAGCCCAUGCUGAUUGCUCUCAUUGUCACCUUCAGUUGUCGAUGGCUUGCUAAGCUUGCCGUCGUCGGUCAUUGUAUUAAGGCAAUCCAUCACAUUUUCAAUAAGUAUUUUGUAGCUAGUGGACUUUUCAUCAAGGCCUUCUAGAAUGGAGGUAGACCAGCUUUUAAGGUUCCCCACCAUAAUAAUUCGAAUCACUUCUUUACCCAAAGACUUCAUGCCCUUCAUGGCGCCAAACUGCGUUCCAAUUGAACUCUUUGUGGCGCUGCUAAGGAACGCCCUCAAAAGCGUUCUAGUUAUUCUAGGUUUAAGAGUUGUAUAGGAAGAACCAUACUCCCGCAUGAUUCUCUGCAGGAGGGAAGCCGCCAGCUCCCUAAUUCUGAAUUGUUCUCUGUCAUCUUCCGAUUCUGACCGUGCUCCUAUUUUCUUAGCAAGAAGUAGAGUGAGUAUGCAUGGCAUUAUAGCGUGAAUGUAUGGGUCAAGAAAUAUUGACUUGUUGGACAGUAAAGAAUAUAUCACCAUUAACAUUGUUGUCAAAAUCGUUGGAUUUUUCAAAUUGUGUGUUAUUGUUUCAGCGACGAACUGAAUAAAAUAAGGGACAAGUUGGUGUAAUCCAGGAUCAGCUUCCAAAGAUUCCAAAGCAGCCGCUCGGAGGCUUUCAUUGGUCUCAUCCAGUAGUGCAGCAACAGACUUGUCAAAAUAUAGCUGAAGCUCUCUAGAAAGCAUAUGUUUGACAAGUGGUUUCACAUCAAGAUCUUUUUUUCUUCCUUGUGAGUUUUGCUCAACUGUUGUCAAUCCAUUAGAUGGAUUGGUAGACAAAGAUAUAUCGUCAUUGUUCAAGCUCAGUAUGUUAUCAACCGAACCUCUCUGAUUAGGGGGUAAUUGUUUGAUCUCCACGGGGUUUGGGUUUUGAGGAAUUGUUGGCUGCACGCCCUCAAUUGCGAGCCAAUGGGCAGUAAAUGAAGUGAAUCUUGGAACUUUAGGAAGUGAUUGAUUGAUCAACUUUUCAAACUCGACGUCGUCAUCGUCGACAUAGUACAGCGUUUGACCAGGGCCAACCAUUGCUUCUUUAAAAACAAGGGGCCUCGAAACAUCAUAGCCGUACAAGGGUUCAAGGUUCAGUACUUUCAUAGCCCUGUCAACAUCGGAUACCGUAAGUAUUUUCCUUUUGCCAUGCCUCAUGAAUUUCAAUGCUUGCUCCAAAAUUUCAUGAAUACGGUACUCAACGUCCAUGGCCAAGUUUUUUGCCACGUCCUCAGUUAAUUGACUCGAAAGGCCUAAGCUUUCGGCCGCGUCUCUCACAGUGUCAUAUGGUGACCAUAAAGUGUGAGACGUGGGUAUCCUGGCAGUGUUGUUACCUGUUGCACUACUCAUGGCCUAAC